AUGGUGAAUCGGGACAAGACCUCACAAAUAGAUAACAGUCAAGCGGAUAUGGAGAUACUACAGGGGCCGGACAUCAUUCUUAUGGACGACAAGAACAAGCGAAUCGCGAUAGAUGAUGUAGCUAUUGUGUUUAAAGACUACCAGAAGAAUUCGUUUGGAUCAGUUCGUCUCCAGAAAGAAGAAAUGUAUCAAAGCCUCAAGACUUACUAA